UCCUCCGUUGGAUCACCUUCCCGUUCAGUAGUCUUUUCUUCCCUGGGUUCGGAUGCACUUGACAAAAUCCCAUCUCCUUCCGGCGCUUUGACUCAUUGAUUCCCAAAUAUUAAACCCAUUCGGAGAUCUCGUAACCGCCGGUUGGACACCACUAUGCUCAGGGGGAUGCUCUGUGGGCUCUUUUGAUGCGCCUCCGAGGAAAUAAUCGCCCGUGUUUGAGAAAUCUUGGUUUUUCUAGCAGGUCUUUUUUCUUCCUUUGGAUGGUAACCGUUGGAGUCCAAAUGGGUGCAUUACGGCAUCCUCCUUUGCAUCUGAAGAAAUAGGCUCCCGUCGACGAAAGCUCAUGCUACCGGCUUUGUUCGUUCCGUUAGUCUCCAAGGUGCUACAAGAUCCCUUUGCAUUUCAGCAUCCUCCUUGGCGAUAAAUCCGCCAAACGUUGAAUGUUUUCUUGGAGACGACCAGGAGUGCCAACCUUGGGCUGUUGUUAUUUUAUUUCAUUUUGAUUUCCGUGUCCCACCGUCGGAUGGAUUUAUCGCUUGCCAGGCGUGCCAUGCUCUCUUCUUUCUCAAAAGCAGGGCUUUGUGGCUUUUCGACAGGCAUGUCGGCAGUGCCCAGAAAUGCCUCUCUGUUAACAGUGCUGACCCUGCUCCGGAGGCACUGUGAACUUUGCUGAACCACGGGGCCGAAUCCGACUGAGGUCGGAGGCCUCGGCCGUCUGCGCCAGCAUGAAUCCCGGCCCCGGGAUGUCUCUCCUCAUCCCCAUCGUCCACUGCCUCUCCUUGCUGCUGAUUGGUUGCAUCGCUGAAAGUCCUCCUGUGUUCACCAAGAGUCCCGUGGACCAGAUCGGGGUCUCAGGUGGGGUGGCCUCCUUCGUGUGCCAAGCAAUCGGAGACCCAAAACCUCGAGUCACUUGGAACAAGAAGGGCAAGAAGGUGAACUCCCAGCGGUUUGAGACCAUUGAAUUUGACGAAGGCGCGGGUGCGGUUUUGAGGAUCCAGCCCCUCCGCACCCCGAGAGACGAAAAUGUUUACGAAUGCGUCGCCCAGAAUCCUGUCGCAGAGAUCACCGUCAGCGCCAAACUCACCGUCUUGAGAGAGGACCAAUUGCCUCCUGGCUUUCCGGUCAUAGACAUGGGACCCCAGCUGAAGGUGGUGGAACGUACCCGGACAGCUACGAUGCUAUGUGCGGCUAGUGGAAAUCCCGACCCCGAAAUAGCGUGGUUUAAAGAUUUCUUACCAGUCGACCCCAGUGCUAGCAAUGGGAGGAUCAAGCAACUGAGAUCAGGUGGCCUUCAGAUUGACAGCAGCGAAGAGACAGAUCAGGGGAAAUACGAGUGCGUGGCCAGCAAUAGCGCCGGCGUGCGCUACUCUUCACCCGCUAACCUAUACGUGAGAGAGCUUCGAGAAGUUCGCCGCGUGGCACCGCGUUUCUCCAUCCCACCCUCCAGCCACGAGAUCAUGCCGGGUGGGAAUGUCAACAUAACAUGCGUAGCCGUCGGCUCGCCCAUGCCGUAUGUGAAGUGGAUGCAAGGGGCGGAAGACUUGACCCCGGAAGAUGACAUGCCAGUUGGACGCAACGUUCUUGAGCUGACGGACGUGAAAGAUUCGGCCAACUACACUUGCGUGGCCAUGUCCAGCUUGGGUGUCAUUGAGGCGGUUGCCCAGAUCACUGUGAAAUCACUCCCAAAAGCUCCAGGGACUCCCAUAGUGACUGAGGUGACCGCCACAAGUAUCACAAUCACCUGGGAUUCAGGGAACCCUGACCCUGUGUCCUAUUAUGUCAUUGAGUACAAGUCGAAGAGCCAAGAUGGCCCGUAUCAGAUCAAGGAGGACAUCACCACCACGCGCUACAGCAUUGGCGGGCUCAGCCCCAACUCCGAGUAUGAGAUCUGGGUGUCGGCGGUCAACACGAUCGGUCAGGGGCCGCACAGCGAGUCGGUGGUGACCCGUACCGGGGAGCAAGCACCUGCCAGUGCCCCUCGAAACGUUCAGGCCCGGAUGUUGAGUGCAUCGACGAUGAUCAUCCAGUGGGAAGAACCCGUCGAGCCCAACGGUCAGAUCCGAGGCUACAGGGUGUACUACACCAUGGAGCCCGACCAACCUGUCAGCAACUGGCAGAAACACAAUGUGGACGACAGCCUGUUGACCACGGUCAGCAGCCUCUUGGAGCACGAAACCUACACUGUGAGAGUCCUGGCGUUCACUUCUGUGGGGGACGGUCCACUCUCGGAUCCUAUCCAAGUGAAAACGCAGCAAGGAGUCCCUGGGCAGCCCAUGAACUUUCGAGCCGAAGCCAAGAGCGAAAGCAGUAUACUGUUGACUUGGAGUCCCUCUCGCCAGGACAUCAUCUUGAAGUACGAACUCCUUUACAAAGAAGUCAGCAACAAACCAGGAAGCCCUGAGUUCUUGAAGACUUUUGACCCCGUGACGUCUUACCUGGUGAAAGAUUUGAAUCCCAACACAGAGUAUGUCUUCCAGCUGGCCGCUCGCUCGGCUUUGGGCCUUGGGGCCCCUACCCCGGAGGUCAGGGAACGCACCUUGCAGUCUAAACCGUCUGCCCCCCCACAAGACGUAAAAUGCGUCAGCACCAGAUCCACGGCCAUUCUGGUAAGUUGGCGGCCGCCUCCGGCCGAAAGCCAAAACGGCGUCUUGGAAGGAUAUAGCGUCCGCUAUCGAGCCCUGGACUCGGAGGAUACGGAGCUGAGGGAGGUGAACGACAUUCCCCCAACGACUAAUCAGAUCCUCCUGGAAUCGCUGGAAAAGUGGACUGAAUAUCGCAUCACGCUCGUGGCGCAUACCGUCGUGGGGCCAGGCCCUGAAAGCUCGCCUGUCAUCGUCCGUACCGACGAAGAUGUGCCUAGUGCCCCACCUCGCAAGGUGGAAGUGGAGGUUCUGAAUUCGACGGCCAUCCAAGUCUUCUGGCGCUCCCCCGUCCAGAAUCGCCAGCACGGGCAAAUACGCGGCUACCAGGUCCAUUACGUCCGCAUGGAAAAUGGAGAGGCGAAUGGUGUGCCCCAGAUCAAGGACGUGAUGUUGGCUGAUGCUCAGUGGGAAACAGAUGACACUGCCGAAUACGAGAUGGUUAUUGCUGGGCUACAGCCAGAGACCGCCUACUCCAUCACGGUAGCUGCCUAUACCAUGAAAGGGGACGGUGCCCGUAGCAAACCCAAACUGGUUGUAACCAAGGGGGCAGUCCCAGGAAAGCCAAUCCUCUCCAUCCACCCGACUCAAGAAAACACCCUCCUUGUCAAAUGGGAACCUCCUCUGGAUGCCGAAGGCCAAGUCUUGGGCUACCGUCUCCAGUUCGGUCGCAAAGACAUCGACCCCUUGGCCACGUUGGAGUUCACCGCCCAGGAGGAUAAGUACACGGCCACCAACAUUCACAAGGGGGCCACCUACAUCUUCAAGCUCUCAGUGAAAAGCCGGGCCGGCUUUGGGGAGGAAGCCGUCCAGGAGUUCACCAUCCCGGAAGACGUGCCCAAGGGUUACCCCCAAAUUCUCGAGGCGAGCAACAUCACCUCCCGGUCGGUACAAUUCAACUGGAUGCCUCCCGUCUUGGCCGAACGGAACGGGGUCAUCGUCAAGUAUACGGUGGCUUACCGGGAGGCCAGCAUUUCCGGGAACCCCCAGGAGAAAGAGUUGCCCCCAUCUCCCGAGAAUUCGUAUACCCUGAACGGCCUCAAGCCCAACACGGCGUACGAUGUUAAAAUCCGAGCCCACACCAGUAAAGGUGCCGGGCCAUACAGCCCGACUGUCCAAUACCGGACGUUCCUUUUGGACCAAGUUUUCCCCAAAAAUUUCAAAGUGAAGAUGGUCACCAAGACAUCCGUUCUUCUCGGCUGGGAGUUCCCUGAAAAUUACAACUCUCCCAUUCCCUACAAGAUCCGACAGGAAAACACCGGCCAGGAGAUUGAGGUGGACGGACGGAUGACCAAGAAGCUCAUCACCAACCUGAAGCCCCACACGUCCUACCGCUUCUCCCUGACUCCCCGGAGGAGCGACAAGGGAGACCUCCAGCAGAAAGUGGAGGUCAUGACAGCGGCCAACAUGCUGAGCAAGAAGCCGGUGGUGGCAUAUCGGCACGAAAUGGAUGGCAAUGUGCUCUUGCAUCUCUCCGAAGUGAAAAGCGCAGACUUCCCGGCACAGGCCUAUUACAUUGUGGUUGUCCCCCUGAAGAAAUCCAGAAGCGGUCAGUUCCAGAACCCAUACAACACACCUGAAGAAAUGGACUUGGAAGAGCUGAUUCAGGAGAUCUCCCGGUUGCAGCGCCGCAGCCUCCGCCAUUCCCGCCAGCUGGAUCUCCACAAACCCUACAUCGCGGCUCGCUUGCACUCGCUGCCUUCCGCCUUUGUCCUCGGGGACAUGAAGCGUUACGACGGCUUUGAGAACAAAGCCCUGGAGGCCGGGCAGAAAUAUGUCGUCUUCGUCCUGGCCGUGCUGCGAGCCAACGAGGCCGUUUAUGCCGCCAGCCCAUUUUCAGAUCCCAUCCAGAUGGACAGCGCUGAUCCCCAGCCGAAGAUUGAAGGAGAAGAAGGAUUGAUCUGGGUGAUUGGACCGGUCUUAGCUGUGGUGUUCAUCAUCUGCAUUGUCAUUGCCAUCCUUCUCUAUAAGAACAAGCCAGACAGCAAACGGAAAGACUCCGAACCCCGCAUCAAAUGCAUGCUCAACAAUGCCGAGAUCACCCCUCACCACCCCAAGGACCCCGUGGAAAUGCGGCGGAUCAAUUUCCAGACUCCAGAUUCUGGCCUAAGCAGCCCUCUCAGUGACCAUGAGUUUGACCUCGAAAGUAUGCUCAACCAUCCGCCGAUCCCCAUUUCGGAGCUGGCCGACCACACGGAGCACCUCAAAGCCAACGACAACCUGAAGCUGUCGCAAGAGUACGAGUCCAUCGACCCGGGUCAGCAGUUCACUUGGGAACACUCCAACCUGGAGGUGAAUAAGCCAAAGAACCGUUACGCCAACGUCAUCGCCUAUGACCAUUCCCGGGUCAUUUUGCUGCCGAUCGAAGCUCUUCUUUGGACCACUUUUGAUGCAGGGAUCGUUGGGAGUGACUACAUUAACGCCAACUACAUUGACGGCUACCGGAAGCAGAACGCCUACAUUGCCACCCAGGGACCCCUUCCGGAGACGUUUGGGGACUUCUGGAGGAUGGUGUGGGAACAGCGGUCGGCCACCGUGGUGAUGAUGACCAAGCUGGAAGAGAAAUCCCGGAUAAAGUGCGACCAGUACUGGCCAGGCCGAGGCACGGAGACGUAUGGGAUGAUCCAGGUCACCUUGCUGGAUACGAUUGAGUUGGCUACGUUUUGUGUCCGGACGUUCUCCCUCCACAAGAACGGUUCCAGCGAGAAACGAGAAGUCCGUCAGUUCCAGUUCACAGCAUGGCCGGAUCACGGGGUCCCCGAAUACCCAACCCCAUUCCUGGCCUUCCUGAGGAGGGUCAAGACCUGCAACCCACCGGACGCAGGCCCCAUCGUCGUACACUGCAGCGCAGGGGUUGGGAGGACAGGCUGCUUCAUUGUCAUCGACGCCAUGCUGGAGAGGAUAAAGCACGAGAAGACAGUGGACAUCUAUGGGCAUGUCACGCUCAUGAGGUCGCAGCGGAAUUACAUGGUGCAGACGGAGGACCAGUAUAGCUUCAUCCACGACUCCUUGCUGGAAGCCGUCGCCUGCGGGAACACGGAAGUCCCCGCGCGGAACCUGUACACUUACAUCCAAAAGUUGGCGCAGAUCGAAGUGGGCGAACACGUCACCGGCAUGGAGCUGGAGUUCAAGCGGCUCGCCAAUUCCAAAGCCCACACCUCCAGGUUCAUCAGCGCCAACCUCCCAUGCAACAAAUUCAAGAACCGCCUUGUCAACAUCAUGCCAUACGAGAGCACACGGGUUUGCCUUCAGCCUAUCCGAGGAGUCGAGGGCUCCGACUACAUCAAUGCCAGCUUCAUUGACGGAUACAGGCAACAAAAGGCGUACAUUGCCACCCAGGGACCGCUGGCGGAGACCACGGAAGACUUCUGGCGCAUGCUCUGGGAGAACAAUUCCACCAUCGUAGUGAUGUUGACCAAGCUGCGAGAGAUGGGCCGGGAAAAGUGCCAUCAAUACUGGCCGGCCGAACGCUCUGCGCGGUACCAGUACUUCGUGGUGGACCCCAUGGCAGAAUACAACAUGCCUCAGUACAUCCUCCGGGAAUUCAAAGUCACCGAUGCCAGGGACGGUCAGUCGCGAACGGUGCGUCAGUUCCAGUUCACCGACUGGCCUGAACAAGGCGUGCCAAAAUCCGGGGAAGGGUUUAUCGACUUCAUCGGCCAGGUGCAUAAAACCAAGGAGCAGUUUGGACAAGACGGACCCAUUUCUGUCCACUGCAGCGCCGGCGUGGGCAGGACUGGCGUCUUCAUCACGCUGAGCAUCGUACUGGAGCGGAUGCGCUACGAGGGGGUGGUCGACAUCUUCCAGACGGUCAAGAUGCUGCGGACACAAAGGCCGGCCAUGGUGCAGACGGAGGACGAAUAUCAGUUCUGUUACCAAGCAGCGUUGGAAUACCUGGGCAGUUUUGAUCACUAUGCAACAUAAAAAAAAGGAAAAAAAAUACAAAAAAUAAAACUCAACGACUUUCUUUUUUUAAAAAAAGAAAAAGCCAUCCGUCGUGCGGACUCUGAUCACUGAAAAGUCCCGGAAGGCCCCUUUCGAGCUAAGAGAGGCAAGCGUUGACCGUUGUUUUCUUUUUCUAACAAAAUAAAAACACAAGACUGCAGACUGAAAGAACAAAAGUGACCUCCCCAACCACCGCUCAUUUCUGGAUGCUGCAAUGGGGAAGGAAUAAUGUAAAAGGGGGUGAAUCUCCCCCACGAGACUCCCCAAACCCAUUCCCCCUCCUCCGACCCGUGUUUCUAAAACCUGGACGAUCCAGCAUCCACAGGUGGCUUGGAAAGAGGACGAUGGGUCUUCUCCUCCUUUUUUCUUUUUAAGUGGCAAACUUGUUGUUCUUACCUCAUUUGGUGUUUGCGACGUGGAUGGCGCAGGACUGAAUCCAGUUUGACGGGACCUGAAAACUAACAAAACACAGACAGACCGGCAAUACACACAAACACACACGGUUUGCCCCACGCCUGCCUCGUUGCAAAAGAAAAGCCGAGGAAAAAAGAGACGGAGGAGGCCGGAGAAAAGGUGGCGAAUUUGGACAAGAGGCAAAAGAACCCCCCCAAAAAAAUACGGAGAGGGAUUUGGCGACAAUGGUUGCAUUAGUAGGGUUCAUUUUACACACAGCU